AUGGGGAUUGCUGUCCUCACUAUGAAGGCAUCUGUUAUUGAAAUGUUCCUUGUUUUGCUGGUGACUGGAAUACACUCAAAUAAAGAAAUGACAAAGAAGAUUAAAAGGCCCAAAUUCACUGUGCCUCAGAUCAACUGUGAUGUGAGAGCCGGAAAGAUAAUCAAUCCCGAGUUCAUUGUGAAAUGUCCAGCAGGAUGCCAAGACCCCAGGUACCACGUUUAUGGCACUGACGUCUAUGCAUCCUACUCCAGCGUGUGUGGCGCUGCGGUUCACAGUGGUGUGCUCGAUAAUUCAGGAGGGAAAAUACUUGUUCGGAAAGUUGCUGGACAGUCUGGCUAUAAAGGGAGUUACUCCAAUGGUGUCCAGUCGUUAUCCCUUCCACGAUGGAGAGAAUCCUUUGUCGUCUCAGAAGGUAAACCCCAAAAGGGUGUAACCUACCCAUCAUCUCUUACAUAUUCAUCAUCUAAAAGCCCAGCUGCCAAAGCAGGUGAGACCACAAAAGCCCAUCAGAGCCCAUCAGCUCCAGGGACAACCGCACAGCCAGUCCCCCUGAUGCAAGUACUGGGGACCACCGCAGUCGAAGGCACCCAUACCACCUUGCCAAAGCCGCCCCCAUCUGCAGGCUCUACCACCAGCAGCCUCAGACCACAGCCCGUGGGCCAGAGAAGCCAGGAGCUGGAUUUCUGGUCCACCACCACCUACACUAACAGCCAAAAUAGCCCCUGAACUAAUCCAGGAUUUGUUCCAAAAAAAGAAUUAAGCACACAGUCUUUGGAGCCAGUAUCCCAGGGAGAUCCAAGCUGCAAAGUUGACUUGUCAUUUUUAAUUGAUGGGAGCGCGAGCAUUGGCAAACGUCGAUUCCGAAUCCAGAAGCAGUUCCUGGCCGACGUUGCCCAAGCUCUUGACAUUGGCCCUACUGGUCCACUGAUGGGUGUUGUUCAGUACGGAGACAACCCUGUUACCCAGUUUAAUCUCAAGACUCACAUGAAUUCCCGGGAUCUGAAGACAGCCAUAGAGAAAAUUAUGCAGAGAGGAGGGCUUUCUAAUGUAGGCCGGGCCAUCUCCUUUGUGACUCAGAACUUCUUUUCCAAAUCUAAUGGAAACAGAGGCAGUGCUCCCAACGUGGCCGUGGUGAUGGUGGACGGCUGGCCCACGGACAAGGUGGAAGAGGCAUCAAGGUUUGCAAGAGAGUCAGGAAUCAACAUUUUCUUCAUCACCAUGGAAGGUGCCUCUGAAAAUGAGAAGCAGUACGUGCUAGAGCCCAACUUUGCAAACAAGGCUGUGUGCAGAACGAACGGCUUCUACUCGCUCAGUGUGCAGAACUGGUUCAGCCUCCACAAGACCGUGCAGCCCCUGGUGAAGCGGGUCUGUGACACCGACCGACUGGCCUGCAGCAAGACCUGCUUAAACUCGGCCGACAUUGGCUUCAUCAUCGACGGCUCCAGCAGCGUAGGGACGGGCAACUUCCGCACGGUUCUCCAGUUUGUGGCCAACCUCAGCAAAGAGUUUGAGAUUUCCGACACGGACACGCGGAUUGGGGCCGUGCAGUACACCUACGAGCAGCGGCUGGAGUUUGGGUUCGACGUGUACAGCACCAAGCCUGACGUCCUCAACGCCAUCAAGAGAGUGGGGUACUGGAGUGGUGGGACCAGCACGGGGGCUGCCAUCAACUAUGCCCUGGAACAGCUCUUCAAGAAGUCCAAGCCCAACAAGAGGAAAUUAAUGAUCCUCAUCACUGACGGGAGGUCCUAUGACGAUGUCCGAAUACCGGCCAUGGUCGCCCAUCACGAGGGAGUGAUCACCUAUGCCAUAGGCGUGGCAUGGGCUGCACAGGACGAGCUGGAAGUCAUCGCCACUCACCCUGCCAGGGACCACGCCUUCUUUGUGGACGAGUUCGACAACCUCUACAAAGUGGUUCCCAAGGUCAUUCAGAACAUUUGUACAGAGUUCAACUCACAGCCUCGGAACUAA